UCUCUCUUUGCAGUCUCAUCCUACAAACAGUCAGCUCCGAGACACAGGCGCUGCGCUGCGCCAGACAGACAGACAUGAUCUCCUAACUCCGUCUCUGACAGACUGACAGACUAACGGACAGCUACUGCUAUUGGACUACAGCAACUACAAAUAUUCUACCUUCUUCUAAUUUUCUUUUUUUCUGGCUAACAACUUCAACUGCAGCUAGAGAACAUUACAACAACUGCUUUAAUUUGUGAAAAGGAUUUCUGCUUUUCUCCUUUUCCCUCUCCUGAAUUCUUCCCCUUUUUCCCUUCCUCCCCUUUUCUCCCUCUUCUCGAUCUUAAAUUGUUCUGCCUAUUCUUACUUUCUCUCCCCUGUCUUAUUUAAACAUUUCCUUUCCAUCCUUCCCACCUCUCCCUCUCUAUUUUGUAUCACCGCUCUCUCUUGAUUGAUUCUUCUUCAUCUCUCUCCCUCCCCUCAUCUCUCUUUCAUAUCAUACUCCCCUGGACAUCUGCUAUAUUCCUCUCCUCUCCAUUCCUGACUAUUAUGCGCCAUGCUUUCCUCUCCGGCUGUCGUUUUGCACCCUUACGGACUUCCUGUCUACCCCCAACCUCCUUCCUGUUACUCCGGACUUGUCCAGGGUGCUCCCCCAGGUUCGGAGGGUGGCUCCAGCUCUGCUGAUGCCUCCUUGACCACAGCCUAUGGCCCGCCCCCUGCCUACCCUCCUGCCCAGGCUCCUCCCACCAUGCAGGGGCCCCGCCUCCCCAUGGAGUUCAGCCCCGCCCACCCCUCUGUCUUGGGGGUGGAGUUUCAGGAACACGCGCUUAGAAUGUAUCAGCCCGGCCCGCCCCCCUCGCUGCCUGAGCAGAACACUGACGCCAACCCUCCCAGUAACACGCAGCAGGAGGACUCUGCUCAGUUGGACCUAUCCCAGAAUGCCGCAGGGCAGGAGGAGGACAGCAGUAAGCCUCAGCCCAAGCGUCUGCACGUGUCCAACAUCCCGUUCCGAUUUCGAGACCCGGACUUGAGACAGAUGUUCGGGCAAUUUGGAAAAAUUCUCGAUGUUGAAAUCAUCUUUAAUGAAAGGGGAUCAAAGGGGUUUGGUUUCGUCACGUUUGAAAGCAGUUUAGAGGCGGACAGCGCUCGUGACAAAUUAAACGGAACCAUCGUGGAAGGAAGAAAGAUUGAGGUCAAUAAUGCGACAGCGAGAGUCGUCACAAAGAAACCUCAAACCCCUGUGAUCAACGCUGGUUGGAAAAUCAAUCCAAUGAUGGGAGCAGUUUACGCCCCUGAGCUUUACACCAUGGCCAGUUUCCCCUAUCCAGUAGCCCCGCCCACCCUGGCCUACAGAGGUGCCGCCCUCAGGGGGCGUGGCAGGGCAGUCUACAACACGAUUCGCUCAGCCACUGCAGCCACGCCUACUCCAGUCCCCGCCUACCCAGGUCUUGUCUACCAGGAUGGACUCUAUGGUCCAGAAGUCUAUGGGGGUUACCCUGCCUACCGUGUGGCCCAGCCAGCCUCCGCAACGACAACCUACAGUGACGGGUACGGUAGAGUGUACACCACGGCUCCAGACACCUACCACCACACUGUGGGACCCGCUGCCACGUAUGGAGUCAGCACAGUGGCCAGUCUGUACCGAGGAGGCUACAAUCGCUUCACCCCCUACUGACAACUGCUGUCCAGGAAAUAUCCGUGACAUCACUUCCAGCCAGGGGGAGGCAGUUCACAGGACCUGGUGGUUGACGACAUCACUUCCUGUGAUCUGGAGACAGGUUUUCACCUAGGGAGUGACUUCGUUUCCUGUUUCUGGAAGCCAUUGAAACUAGGCUAUAAUAAUUGUGUGAAAAGAAAUAAGGAACUGUUAAUUUUCUCAAAUAAUUUGUACAUAGGUUAAUUUAUUAUUAUUAUUAUUAUUAUUAUUAUUAUUAUUAUUAUUAUUAUUAUUAUUAUUAUUAUUAUUAUUAUUAUUAUUAUUAUUGUGUUACAAAUAAUGAAUAUUGAUUUUAAAGGCGUGCUGAGCAAUUAGCUUUAUUAACAUUAUUACUCAACCCCUAUUUAUUGUGCCGAGAAUAUUAAUACUUAAAAUCCAAUGAUAUAGAGCAACGGCUACAUCCUGGUACCUUUGGUGUAGGUCACAUGAUGUAAUUGCUGCUAGACCAUUGAAGUGACCUACAACACAACAUGAAGUGAUCAGGUAGCAGGAAGCAGCAGCAGCAGCUUUUCAUCUUGAGUUGUCUUUGAGAGAUUUGCAUGUUUUAAAUGAACUAUACAAUACUAGCAAAUAACCCAAAGAUCUUCAUUUUAUGAAGAGGAGGAGCAGUGAUAACGUUGCCUGUGUUAAUAGGAGGUAAGAGAUUUUGAAGAUGGUUAGAACUACUUUAAAGAGGGGGCAGUGAUAAUGUUGAUAAAGCUAAUAAGUGGUAGAAGAAUGGAUUUUAAAACCUUGGUUAGCGCUCCUUGAACUCAGGAAAGACAGGCAGUUGUGCUCCUGCAAUGGUUCUUUCCUCACACCUCAGACUCUUGUACAGUACAGGCAGUCCACAGAGCUCUCUGUUGCUAUUCAAUCGUCUGACACUCCGCAGCACAGAGGAAUAGUUCUCUGUUUGCUUGCUUUCUUGGUCCAUAGCCUCAAACACUCUUCAUUAAUUCAUAUGUGGAACUUGAAGAGACUCAGGUAGACACGUGUCUCGUGAGAUAUUGUAAGUAUUUGUUUCUUCAUGGGUGGUGCCAAGCUGAAAUACACAUUUCUUUCUUUCUUUCUUUCUUCCUUUCUUUCUUUCUUUCUUUCUUUCUGCUUUACAUGUAUAUUCUUUCUUUUCUUUAUUCCUGUUUCUCUUUCCUUUAUUCUUUUGAUUUAAUUAUUUCUUUAUUUUCUUUAAUCCUAUUUUUCUAUACAUUUCAUUAUUGCUUUUGUGUCAGUUGUUUCAUUUUUCCUUCUCUCUUUCUUUCUUUCUUUUGACCAGUCUAAUUUCAAGCUGCGUUUAUUUUCUUCCUCUCUGGUUACAGACAGUAAUACUCCUUCUCUUCCAGCUCCUGUCUAUGUUCACCCUGUAUCUUGUGUUCAGCUAUUUUCUAUGGUAUCUCCUCUGUACUGUAUUUCUCUGUUAAUAAAGGCUCUUUAUUUCAUCCUCCUUUCUAAUGUAUCCUUCUCUUCUCUACUCUACUCUGUCCUCUAUGGUUUUCUGCCACUCUAUGUUCUUAUAAACUAUACAGUUCCCCUUAUAAAAGUUCCCCACUGUAAAAGCACAGCAGAGUGGAAUAAGGCACACUGAAAGCACAGUAAAGCAAAGGGAAGCAUUGUAAAGCACAUAUAGAUAUAGUAAGGCAUAUGAAUAAACAUGGCAAACCAAAGUAAACUGUGGUAAAUGCGUAGUAUAGCCAUGGGAAAAGCAUGGGGGCAAAACUGCAAAAAUAGCAUGGGAAACUUUUAUAAGGGUCUCUAGCGCUAUAUCCUCUAUGUGUCAAAAAUAUACUCUAUGCCUCUCUGACUGUGGCUGUUUCAUACACUCUCUAUGUGUUCUCCAUAGUACACCUCUACUCAAAGCACCCCCUGCCGAACUCUCCUCCUCUCCUUUACUUUCUACCAUUCUAUCCUGCUCUGCAAUACUUUACUAUGUGCUCCUGUACCACUGUGCAGUAUGCUGUUCUCCUCUACACUAUUGUACUGUACUAUGUUCUGAUAUACAACUGGACUAUAUUAUCUCUAUGUCUAAUACUUUACUGUACUCACCCCUGUUCUCCUAUUCGAAACUUUCCUAUGCUCUCUGACACUAUACUACUUUACUCUGCUGUAAAAUCCUUCACUAUAUUAUGUGCUAAUAUGCUCCUGUCUUCUACUGUACUCCAUUCUGUAUCCCUCUACUGAUGCUCCCUCUCUACUCUUCUGUAUCCUCAUCCACUCUAGUAUUCUAUGAUACUCCUAUGAUACAUUUCUCUGUGUAAUCUUCUGCUCUCUCGCGUUUCUUUGUCUUGGAUUACUCUACGCUUCUCUGCUCUAUUGCCUUCUGCUCUACUGAACUAUUAUCUAUAGCUGGCAGUUAUUACUAUCUUUAGUGACUCUUUUUCCAUGUCUUAAUUUCCUGUUCCUUGUCCUGUCCUCCUCCUAUACUAUCGUAUCUCUAUUUCUUCUCUAAAUGUUCACCACUACUGUCCUCUAUUCUAUAACACUGCUGUUUUCUAUCCUACUGUAUUACUUUACUCUGUACUGUACUCUUUCCCACUAUACUUCUGCACUAUGUUCUAUGGCACUCUUAUAUUCUUAACUAUACUCUUUUUUACUACACUGCUUUGCCAUUCUAUCAAACUCUAGCAUGCUUAACUAUAUUAUAUGCUACUGUACUACUGUGCUGUAUCAUACUCCCCCCUGCUCUUUAACUGUUCACCAUAUCAUAUAGUACAAUACUUUACAGUACUCUUGCUAUCUACCUCUCUAUGCCCUUUUCCCACAUUACUCCUACUCUAUAGCUGUACUCCAGUCUGUCUUCCUCUACUACACUGUGGUUCCCCCUAUCAUAUUCCACUCUACAAACCACUGAUAUUCUACUCUUUUCUGCUACGGUUCUCUGUUCCUGCUAUACUUCUUUACUCUAUCCUAUCUCAGCCCCCCUGCUUCUCUACUUUACUCCAUUAUAUCAUUAUAUUGUAUUAUACUAACUACUGUAUUCUCGCCUAUCCUUCCCUGCAACACUUUACUAUAAUAAUGGCUUUGGUUCUGUCAUAUUCUACUCUGCUUUUCCGCUGCACUGUAUAUUACUCUAUGGUACCUUCUUUAAUGCAGCUAUACUGCUGCCCUGUAUUUUAUCUUACUCGUGUAUACUUUACCCUACUCUGUGCUACACGUGUACUUCAUCUUACUCUUUGAUACCUCACUAUACUGUCCUCCACUCUAUCCUUCUUCACAAUGUAGAUUCUGUGUCUUUCUAUAAUACCAAAUGAUGUGUCCUACUUUACUACACCGUCCUGUACUCCUUCCUAUACUUGUGCUAGUCUAUGCCUUCUAUACUCCCCAGCUCUAAACACCACUCUGAUGUUCUCCACUAUACUCCAUUCUGUUCCCCUUCUUCAAACUCAAACACUCUAUUCUUCUUAUAAACACUCGUAUAUGUCUUCCUGCUAUUCCCACACUAUGCAAAUUGUUCUUUUUUUUAUAACUACUCCAAUACAGAGGGGUGUGCUGAUAGUCGUUCUUGGUACAGAAGAAGUUAAUUGUAUUAACUGGCACUCAAUUGUAAAGGUGAAGGAAGGACAGCUCUUGUUUUGGAAUCAACACAUUAAUGAAUAGAUGUAUUUAACACCUGCCAAUAAAUACUUCUUAAAGGCAAGUAUGAGUAUGAUUAUCAGCACACCCCUGCAUGGUUUCCCAUUGUUCCCUGCUGUACUCUAUAUGGCUAUUCCUAUACUCGCCUCAAAUCUUUGCCAUUCUAGGAUCAGUGACUCUAAACUACUUCAUUAAUAUUUCCUAUCUCCUCUUUAUUGUAUGCUACAGCUCUCCCCUGUUUUGUCAACCAGGAUUGCUGUACUUCUGUGUCUUUCUCCUAUACUGCAUUGCUGUACUUCAACCUGUCUUCCUCAAUUGCAUUCUGUGGUGUCCUUUAUCCUCUGUCACUCUCUUCCACUCUAUGUUACUGUACUCUAUUCUAUCAUAGUCUUCUCCAUCCUGUCAUACUCUACAAUACUUUAUGUUCUCUUCUAUACACCAUCAUACAGUGUGAUACUGCCCUUCAUCAACUGCACUUUAUUCAAUCAUACUUUACUAUACUGCACUAUCUCUUAUAAAAUAUGCCCAUAGUAAAAGCCCAGCAAAGUGUAAUAUAGCACAGUGAAAACAUGAUAAAGCAUAGGGAAGCAUUGUAAAGAAUAGCAACUAUACUAUAUGUGACUGUACUACUGUGCUGUAUCAUACUCUUCCCAGCUCUUUGACUGUUCACCAUAUCAUAUAGUACAAUACUUUACAGAACUCUUGUCAUCUGCCUGUCUGCCUUUUUCCCCACAUUACUCUAUUACUUUGCUUCUACCCUAUAGCCACUCUUAUAAAAGAGUCCCCUUAGUAAAAGCACAGCAAAGUGUAGUAAAGCACAAUGAAAGCAUGGUAAAGUAUAUUAAAAACAUGAUAAACUAUGGUUAAUUGAUAGUAUAACCAUUGGAAAAGCAUGGCAGAAAAAGCACUGUACAUUUACCCAGGUAAACUGUUAUAAGUGCAUUGCCUCUUAUUCUAGUGCUCUGCACUCCAUCCUGUCCUUUCCCACUAUGUGACACUCUGCUCUGCUGUACUAGACUCUUGAUAUUGUUACUCUCUUCUUUUCUACAUUCUCUCUUUCUUGGCAAGGACACAGGACUGCUCUCUUCCUUUAAUGUGUUCUUUUUAUUUCCCUUCUCUUUCUGUAUUUCUAUUGGCAAGGACACUAGACUUUCUCUUGUUCUUUUCCUUUACUCUGUUACUUUAGUUAUUACUUUUACUUUACUAUGAUACUUUACUCUGCUCUUUUACUCUGGUAAUUUACUCUGUUACUUUAUUCUGUUACUUUACUCUGUCCAUUUACUUUGCACCUUUACUGUGCCCCUUCACUUUGUUCCUUUACUCUGAUGCUUUACUCUGUUACUUUACUGUUACUUUAGUCUGUUCCUUUACUCUUCUCCAUUACUCUGCACCUUUACUUUGCCCAUUUACUCUGCUCCUUUACCUAUCACUUAACUCUGCUCCUUUACUCUUUUACUUUAUUCUAUCAGUGAACUCUGCUCCUUUACUCUGUUACUUUAUUCUAUCACUUAACUCUGCUCCUUUACUCUGUUACUUUAUUCUAUCACAUUACUCUGUUACUUUAUUCUAUCAGUGAACUCUGCUCCUUUACUCUGUUACUUUAUUCUAUCAGUGAACUCUGCUCCUUUACUCUGCUCCUUUACUCUGCUCCUUUACCUAUCACUUAACUCUGCUCCUUUACUCUGUUACUUUAUUCUAUCAGUGAACUCUGCUCCUUUACUCUGUUACUUUAUUCUAUCACUUUACUCUGCUCCUUUACUCUGCUCCUUUACCUAUCACUUAACUCUGCUCCUUUACUCUGUUACUUUAUUCUAUCAGUGAACUCUGCUCCUUUACUCUGUUACUUUAUUCUAUCACUUAACUCUGCUCCUUUACUCUGUUACUUUAUUCUAUCAGUGAACUCUGCUCCUUUACUCUGUUACUUUAUUCUAUCACUUUACUCUGCUCCUUUACUCUGCUCCUUUACCUAUCACUUAACUCUGCUCCUUUACUCUGUUACUUUAUUCUAUCAGUGAACUCUGCUCCUUUACUCUGUUACUUUAUUCUAUCACUUUACUCUGCUCCUUUACUCUGCUCCUUUACUCUGCUCCUUUACCUAUCACUUAACUCUGCUCCUUUACUCUGUUACUUUAUUCUAUCAGUGAACUCUGCUCCUUUACUCUGUUACUUUAUUCUAUCACUUAACUCUGCUCCUUUACUCUGUUACUUUAUUCUAUCACAUUACUCUGCUCCUUUACCUAUCACUUAAUUCUGCUCCUUUACUCUGUUACUUUAUUCUAUCACUUAACUCUGCUCCUUUACUCUGUUUCUUUAUUCUAUCAGUGAACUCUGCUCCUUUACUCUGUUACUUUAUUCUAUCACUUUACUCUGCUCCUUUACUCUGCUCAUUUACUCUUAUUUUACUUUAUAACUUUAAUCUGCUGCUUUACUGUGCCCCUUUAUUCUAUUACUUUACUCUGCUCUUGUACUCUGACCAUUUACUCUCUUAAUGUACUCUGUUUGCUCUGCUCCUUUGCUUGUUUACUUUGAUUCUUUACUAUGUUACUUUACUCUGCUCCCUCACUCUGUUACUUUACUCUGUUAAUCUAUUCUAUUGCUUUCAUCUGUCCCUUUACUCUUGUACUUUACUUUGCCCUUUACUCUGUUGCUUUAUUCUGUUACUUUACUCUGCUCCUUUAAUUUCCCCCUUUACUUUGCCCCUUCAUUCUGUUACUUUGCUCUGAUACUUGACUGCUCAUUUACUCUGUUAAUUGACUCUGCUCUUUUACUUUGUUACUUUAUUCUGUUAAUUUACUCUGCUCCUUUACUCUGCUCAUUUACUCUGCUCCUUUACUCUGCUCCUUUACUCUGUCCCUUUACUCUGCUCAUUUACUCUGCUAAUGUACUAUGUUACUUUACUAUGCUCCUUUACUAUGCACCUUUAUAUUGGCCAUUUACUCUGUUGCUUUACUCUUACUUUACUCUGCUCCUUUACUCUAUCACUUUACUCUGGUUCUUUAUUGUGCUACUUUACUAUGUUAUUAUUUAUUCUAUUGUACUCUGGUCCUUUAAUCUACCCCUUUACUCUGCUCUUUGCUCUGUUACUUUACUGUUGCUUUAUUCUAUUACUUUAAUCUCUUACUUUACUCGAUAACUUUACUCUGCUGCUUUACUUUGUUACUUUACCCUGCUCUUUUACUCUGUUACUUUACUUUUACUUUACUCUAUAGCUUUACUCAGCUACUUUACUAUGUUACUUUAAUCUGCCCCUUUUACUCUACUCUUUGUUACUUUACUGUUGCUUUAUUCUAUUGCUUUACUCUCUUGCUUUACUCUCUUACUUUACUCUACUCCUUUAUGUAGCUCAUUUUCUCUGCCCUUUUCUUUGUUACUUUAUCUUAUUACUUUACUCUGUUAUUUUACUCUCUCUUUACUCUGUUUACGUUAGUCUGUUUACUCAUUUACUCUGAUACUUUACUCUAUUACUUUACUCUGCUCAUUUAUUCUGUUACUUUUUUCUAUUAGUUGACUCUGCCCCUUUACAAUUUACUCUGUUAUGUUACUCUGCCCUUUACUCUGUUACUUUACUCUGCCCCUUUACUGUGAUACUUUGCUCUUUUACUUUACUGUGCUCCUUUACUCUGUUACUUUACUAUAUUACUUGAAUCUGAUACUUUGCUUUGCUACUUUUCUCUGUUCUUUUACACUGCUCCUUUACUCAGUCCCUUUACCUUGAUACUUUACUCUGCUCCUUUGUUCUGUUACUUUACUCUGCUACCUUACUUUAUUAACUCUUCCCUUUGUUAUUUUACUAUGUUGCUUUACUUUGCUAUUUUACUCUGACCCUCUGCUCUGUUAAUUUACUCUGUUUACUCUGCUCCUUUACUCUGCUUUACUUUGUUACUUUACUCUGCUCUUUUACUCUGGUAAUUUACUCUGUUACUUUAUUCUGUUACUUUACUGUUGCUUUACUCUAUUAAUCGACUCUAUUACUUUACUCUGCCCAUUUACUCUGCUACUUUAAUCUGCUCCUUUACUAUGUUACUUUAAUCGGUUACUUUACUGUUGCUUUACUCUAUUAUAAUCUGCUCUAUUAAUUCACUCUGAUCCUUUGCUCUGACCAUUUACUCUGUUACUUUACUGUUGCUUUACUCUAUUCAUCUAUUCUUUUACUUUACUCUGCUCCAUUACUCACCCAUUUACUCUGUUACUUUACUUUGUUACUUUACUCUGUCAUUUUACACUUGUACUUUACUCUGCUCCUUCUCUCAUCAUCUGUACUCUUUUACUUUACUGUUACUUUACUCUGCCACUUUACUUUUCUUCUUUACUUUGUUACAUUACUGUUACUUUACUCUGUUACUUUACUCUGCUAUUUUCCUUUGUUAUUUCAAUAUGUUACUUUACUCUGCCCCUUUGCUCUUGUACUUUACUCUGUUGCUUUACUCUGUUACUUUACUCUGUUAUUUUAGUCACUUACUUUACUCUGCUCCUUCACUCUUCUCCUUUACUAUGUUACUUUACUCUGCUCCUCUACUCUGCUCCUUCACUCUGUUACUUUACUGGUGCCUCUACUCUGUUAUUUUACUCUGACACUUUACUCUGUUACUUUAUUAGGUCACUGUUACUUUACUCUGUCACAUUGCUGUUGUUUUACUGUCUUACUUUACUGUUGCUUUACUCUAUUAAUCUACUCCAUUACUUUACUAUCCUCCUUUACUCUGCCUCUUUACUCUGCUAUUUUACUAUGCUACUUUAAUCUGUUACUUCUCUGUUGCUUUACUCUAUAAUCGACUCUGUUACUUUACUCUGCCCCUUUACUCUGCUCAUUUACUCUUGUACUUUACUCCUCUACUGUACCCCUUUACUCUGCUCCUUUACUCUGUUUCUUCAAUCUGUAACUUCACUGAUGCUUUACUAUGUCUUAUUCUACAUCUUUACUCUUACUUUAUUUGGUUACUUUACUCUGCCCCUUUACUACUGUACUUUACUCUGUUGCUUUACUCUGCUGUGUUACUCUGUUACUGUACUCUGACCCUUCACUCUGUUACUUUACUAUGCUCCUUUACUCUGCUACUAUACUCUUCCACUUUACUUUCUUUACUCUGCCCUUUAUUAUGCUACUUUAAUCUGCUUCUUUACAUUGCCCUUUACUCUGCUACUUUACUCUGUUACUUUACAGUUACAUUAUUCUGUUACUUGUCUCUGUUAAUUUACUUUAAUCUAUCCCUUUACUCUGUUGCUUUACCCUGUUACGGUACACUGACCUUUUACCCUGUUCCUUUACUAUGUUACUUUACUGUUGCUUUACUCUAUUACUUUACUCUAUUACUUUACUAUGUUAUUUUACACUGCUACUUUACUCUGUUACUUACAGUUGCUUUACUCUGGUCCUUUAUUCUGUUAUUUCACUAUGUUACUUUGCUAUGUUUUACUCUGCACCUUUAAUCUGUUACUUUACUCUGCUCUUUUACCCCGACCCUUUACUAUAUUAUUUUACUCUGCUCUUACUCUGACACUUUACUAUGUUGCUUUACUGUUGCUGUACUCUAUUAGUCUACUCUAUUAAUCUGCUAUAUUACUUUGCUCUGCUUCUUUACUCGUGUACUAUGUUACUUUACUCUGUUUACUCUGCUCAUUUACUCUGCUCCUUCAGUCUGUUAAUUUACUCUUACUUCACUUUUUACUUUGCUCUAUUACUUUACUCUGCUCUUUUACUCUGACACUUUACUCUGUUACAUUACUGUUACUUUACUCUGUUACUUUACUGUUGCUUUACUCUGUUAUUCUAUUUUAUUACUUUACUCUGCCCAUUUACUCUAAUCUUUUACUCAGACACUUUACACUGUUACUUUCUGUUAUUUCACUCUGUUACUUUGCUCCUUCACUCUGUUACAAUACUGUUACUUUAUGCUGUUACUUUAUUUUGUUAUUUUACUCUACCCCAAUACUAUUGCUUUACUCUGUUACUUACAGUUGUUUUACUCUGAUUUUGUAUUCAGGUACUGUACUCUGCUGUUUUACUUUCUUUACUAUGUUACUUUAAUAUGCUCCUUUACUCUGCUCCUCUACUCUGCCCCUUUACUCCGCUCCUUCACUCUGUUACUUUACUCUGCUCCUUCACUCUGUUACUUUACUCUUAACUGCCUCUGCUAUCUUACUCUCAUUUUACACUGUUACUUUACUCUAUUACUUUAAUCUGUUAGUUUACUGUUAGUUUACUGUACACUGUUACUUAAAUCAUCUCCUUUACUUGGUUACUUUACUCUGCUCCUUUACUUUGUUACUUUACUAUAUUAAUUUACUCUGCUCUUUUACUCUCACUUUACACUUUUACUUUACUCUGCUCCUCUACUCUCCUCCAUUCUCUGCUUCAUUCUGUUACUUUACUCUUCUAUUUUACUCUCACUGUACACUGUAAUUUACUCUUUUACUUUACUAUGUAAUACUCUGCAUCUUUACUCUGUUACUUCACUCUGCUACUUUUCUGUGUUCCUUUACUCUCUUCCUUUAUGCUGAUACUUUGUUAUGUUACUUUACUCUGCUCCUUUACUUUGUUACUUUACUCUGCUACUUUGCUCUGUUACUUUACUGUUUACUCUAUCAAUCUACUCUAUUUACUCUGCUCCUUUAUUCUAUUACUUUACUCUGCUACUUUACUUUAUUUACUCUGUUACUCAAAUCUGUUACUUUACUCUGCUCUUUUACUCUGCACCUUUAUGUUGCCACUUUGCCCCUUUACUCUGUUGCUUUAUUCUGUUACUGUACUCUGCUCCUUUAAUUUUCCCUUUACUUUGCCCCUUCAUUCUGCCAUUGACUCUGUUACUUUACUAUGCUCUUUUACUCUGUUACUUUACUGUAUUACUUGAAUCUGCUACAUCACUCUGCUCCUUUACUACUGUAUCUUACUGUAUCUGUUAUUUUACUCUGUGUACUCUGCUUUUUUACUCUGUUACUUUACUCUUGUAUUUUACUCUGUUACUUUACUCUCUACUUUUGCUUGGUUACUUUACUCUGCUUACCUACUCUGCCCUUUAUUCUGCUCCAUUACACUGCUCCUUUAAUCUGUUACUUUACUGUUGCUUUACUUUAUUCAUCUACUCUAUUACUUUACUCCUUUACUCUGCCCAAUUACUUUACUCUGCUUUUUUCCAUGUUACUUUAAUCUGCUCCUUCACUCUGUCACAUUACUGGUGCUUUACUCUAUUCAUGUACUCUGUUACUUUACUCUACUCCUUUACUCUUCCCAUUUACUCUGUUAUUUUACUCUGCCCAUUCACUCUGUUACUUUACUCUGUUACUUUACUGUUGUUUUACUCUGAUACUCUGUUACAUUACUCUGCCCCUUUACUAUUGUACUUUACUAUGUUGCCUUACUCUGUUACUUUACUCUGCUCCUUCACUCUGUUACUUUACUCAGCUCUUUAACACUGCUCCUUUACUAUGUUACUUUGCUCUGCUACUUUACUUUCUUUACUCUGCCCUUUACUUUCUUACUUUACUCUACUUAUUUACUAUGUUACUUUACUCUGAUACUUUACUCUAUUAAUUCACUCUGUUGCUGUGACAGCAUGGCUUGUGUGGUGAUGCAGGCCAGGAAAUAAAUGCACAAACAGGCAGUGCUGUGGUAAAUGAAAUUACUUCAGUGCAUUUAAUUAAUAAAAUAAAAGAUUUAAACAAAAUACAAAAACGCUGAAAGCAAAAGGCAUGUUGACCAAACAAACACUACAAACGGAACACAAAACAAAUACCGUGCUGGUAUAGUGAUCAGAUUGGCAGCAGUUCCUCUCUGUAUUUUUUUCAUAGAUCUCUCUGUUCUCCACUCCAGUGACCGAGGGAUUAACUAGCUAUUAAUUAUCUAGCUAACCCCUCGGUCACAUUCUGCACGGGUUUACUAAAGAUGCGUGACUGUCAGCUAAUUCAAUAAUCAGUCGCUGACAGUAAUGCAUACUCACAAGGUAUUCUUAAACAAAACAAAUAGCGGACGGCAUUUCCGCCCUGUCCUACAUUUAAACAAGCAGGGCUUUUUCUAUGUUAUAUAUGAAAUACAUACAUAAUAAUCAUAAUAAUAAUAACAAUAAUAAAUGCACAUUUAUAUACAAACGGGAGGGGCACCCAGCCACAGUUACUUACAGUUGCUUUACUCUGCCAAUUUACUCUUGUAUUUUACUCUGUUAUUUUACUGUUGCUUUACUCUAUUAAUCUACUCUAUUACUUUACUCUGCUCCUCUACCCUGCCCCUUUACUCUGCUCCUUCACUCUGUUACUUUAUUUAUUCACUCUGUUACUUUACUCUUGUACUUUGCUCUGUUACUAUAUUGUUACUUUACUGUAUUUACUUUUUAGUUGAUUUCUUUACUGUUACUUCACUCUUUUACUUUACAGUUGCUUUACUCUAUUAAUCUAUUCAAUUACUUUACUCUGCUCCUUUACUCUGUCCAUGUAUUAUGUUACUUUACUCUGCCCAUUUAUUCUUGUACUUUACUCUAUUACUUUACUCUGCUCUUUUACGCUGUCACUUUACUCUGUUAUUAAACUGUUACUUUACUCUG